AUGGACAUUUUUAGAAAUAAUUAUUAGUUUUUUGUUAAUUAUUCUCCUUAGAUUCAUGAAAUAAUCCCGCUUGAAAAUAAUACUACAGAUUAUUAGACAUUCUUAAACUAUAUCGAUAUAGAUUUUAACUAAAAUCUACCUCCUUUACCAGAAGAUCAUUCAGUUAAAAUUUCUAAACAAUAUUAAAUAUAAAAUUGUUCAUCUUUUAUAUUCAAUGAAACAUUGAGCUUUACUGCUUAGAGACAAAAUUCUCUUUAUAAUUUAGAAGAUUUUAAGGUAAACGAAAAUAACAACAACAACAAAAUAAUUGAAUAAAAUUCUUUUGAUAAAGAGAAGCUGAUGACUUUUUUAUCAAAUAAAUAUAAAGUAGAAGGCAACACUAACACAAUUUUUAUAAUAUUAAGCAAAGAAUAUUAAGAAGUAGAUGGAGAGAUAUAAUUAAAUGAGUUUAUAUCUCAGUAGAACUAAUAAUAUUUUUUGUAUGGCUUUAUGAAUGAGUAAAGAUUCUACUAAUAAAUAAAUUAAGUAAAUUAGGUGAUAAGCAAAGCCUAUUUUAAGGUUAAAGAAAGUUUGGUCAGUUAACAAAGAGAUGUUUGUUUAUAACUUUAUAUGAAAUCUAUAGAAUUAUUAGAGCACGAACUACUUGAAAAGGUACAAACAGGUUCCUUAUUAAUGUCUGCAGAAACUAAGAUUUCUGAUAUAUUUUAGCUAGAGAAAUAUUUUGAGUUCUAAGAAAAGUGGUAAGAAAUUACAACGAAAUGCAAAAUAUUCUUCACAUUAAUUACUAUCAACAAAUUUUAAAAGGCCAGUGCAAUUAUCAAAGAAUUAUAAGAAUAUUUUAACAACGAAAUGAUACCAUAUUUAAAUAAAACUCUAAGCAAAGAAGAUGUUGAUUAAAGUUAAUUCUUAAUCUUGAAAAUUGUUCAAAAUCAAAAAUAUUAGACUUAUUUGAUAAGAAAUUUGUAUGAUUUGUUUCUAUUACAUUUUGUCAUCAUUAUAGUUUAAAACAGCUAUAAAUUCUACACUAAUACCCACCAAUAAAAUUUAUUGCUAAAGAAUUGA